UAAUGUAAUGGACUUCCAAAUUUUUAGUAACAUAAGCCCAUUAUUUUUUUUCUAACUUACUACUAUCCAUGUUUCCAAACAGUACUAUUUUUUAACUACUAUUCAUAUUGCCAAACAAUUUCAAUGUGUACUUCAACUUUAAUAAUAUAGAUUAUAUAUUAACUAUAUAAUUUAAUUAAUAAUAUGUACAUAAUUUAUUUUAUUGAUAUGAUCUUCAUACUUAAAAUGUUGAUUUUGUACUUUAAUAUUUUUAAGUUGAUUUUUUUUUCAUUUUUUAUCAAAUUAAACAAAACAUAAUUUUUACUUUUUCGUUAAGAAAUAUGUGUGCUAAUAUUUAUUUAUUUAAUAAUAUUAUAUAUUACUAUUUUUCUUAUUUUUAUUCUGAAAAGCUAUUAUUAUUAUUAACUUAAUAUAUUUACUAAUUAUUUUAAACAGUAAAAGAAAAAUAGUCUAUUUGAAACAGAGAUAUCAAGUCGAUAUCUAAUGAUAUUAAAUAAAAUUCACAAAAUGUUGUAAAAGAUAAAUGUAUUUAUGGUGUUUGGUAUAAAACCAAAUAAACCGAAAAUUGAUGGUAUAUAAACCGAACUAAACCAAAAUAGAUAUGGUUUUAAUAUGGCAGCUACGUUUUACAAACCGAAAUACCAAAGAAACCAAACCGAAAUCCGGAUUGGACACUCCUAAUUUAUAUGCAUAUUAAAGAAAAUACUACUCAAUAUAUAAAAAUUUAAUAUUUACUAAAAUGUUUAAAUAUAUAUGAUGUCUUUAUAAAUUUUAAAUAUCAAAUUCAGUAAGAUAUUCCAAAACAAUUACAAAGAUAUUAUACAUACCUAGGAUUAUCUUACUAAAUUACACAUAUAUUUCAAAUCCAGUAAUAUAUUGAUAAAUAUAUAUUAGUUCUUCCUAAAAAUAUAUUUAAGAAUCUAUUUUUAAAUACACAUUUAUGAAUAUUCUUAAAUUUAUGAUGAUAUUAUACAUAUUUAUUAAUAUUUUCCUAAAUUUUAGGUCUAAAUUUUAGGGAGAUAUCAUAUAUUAUUCAAAAUGGUCUUUCUAAACUUACACUCACGAAAAUAGCAUACAUAUUUAAGAAGAGUUUCCUAUAUUUUGUUAGUUUUUGUUUAAAAUAUUUUUUAGAUUUUUAAAGAGUAUUAUUAAAUAUUUAUUUAUUUUAUACUCAUUUAUGAAAAUAUUUAUUAAUUUUUUAGGAUGUUAUUUUUAGUUUUGGUAUUAUUUUUUAGGUUCAGUUUCGGUUUGCUUUUUUUGGUUUAAAUGCCCAAAACUAACCAAUAUGGUCUAUAAACUAAUAUUUGAUAAAUUAAUAAACACUCUAAAUUAAAAAAAAAAAUCGGGUUAGAGUUGUGAUAGUUCAAAAUAUGACGCAAAUUAUUUAAAAUAAUAAAAUAAUAUAUUUUUUAAUUUUUUUAUGUAAAUACAUAGUCUCAUUAAAAUAAUAAAUUAAUAAUUUAUAUAUAUAAGAUUUAUAUAAGUACAAACAAAACAUUGUAUUAUUUGUUGUAUAUCAUAAUGAAGUCCAUCUCUUCUUUUCUUAACAAUUCAAUAUACUCUCAUAAUAUUUAGUAAAAUUUUAUAACAGCUCUCGCCCCCUCAACGGCGACAACGGUACGGACAUUGUACGGCUCCGUCAUGGCGAGGUCUUUGCUUCUGAUGAGUGCAGAUCCGGGAAGCCCCUGAACCACUGAUUCUUCCUGUGUGCUACUCUUUACCAGCUUCUGGAGAACUUGUAAUAGAUCUACAAUGUCUGUCCAUCAAACCCUUGGCAUCUCUUAUCUUUUCCUCGCUGCAACUAUACUAGAACUUUAGAUCUUCCUCUCCUUAUCUAGGUCCAAGCUCCUAGAAAGGACGUCUCUUUUGGUGUGCGGCUUCUGGUUUCUUUUUUUGUCUUUUGGUGAUAACAUUGGCACAAGUUCUCGUCUCUGCCUGUUCUCUCAAGUCCACUCUCGAGCUUUCUCAAAACGAUGUCUAAAACGCACGUCUCAAAUCUUCAUGGGAACUCAACACAAGAACAAGAUGAAGAGGAUGAUGACCUUGUCAUCUUACCAAACGUCGAUAACUCCGAGCUGAUUGCUCAAUUCAAACUCAGUCUGGUAGGGAGAAUCUUCAACACGGAACGGCGCAGCGUCGAAGCUCUCAUCUCUCUACUCCCUCGACCUAACAUUUGGGAUGUAGAAGGAAGGGUUAGAGGACUGGAUCUAGGAAACCACAGAUUCCAGUUUGAUUUUGAGUCAGAGGCUGACCUUGUUAAAGUCCUAAACAAGAGGCCAUGCCACUUCAACAAAUGGGCCUUUGCUUUGGAACGGUGGAUUCCUCAUGUUGGCGACAUCUUCCCUAAUACCAUGACUUUCUGGAUCAGUGUCAGCGGCAUCCCAACACAUUUCUGGAUGGAUCCUAUUUUCGAUUCUCUGGGCAAAAGGCUUGGCAAUGUGGGGCUUAUUGAUGCUAGAGCUGCUAAAGUACAGGUUGAAAUAAACAUGGACCGCCCUCUGAGAUUUGCCCUCCGCGCCCAGCUGCCCACAGGUGAGAUCGUCCCGGUAAAGCUUGUUUACUCUAACCUCCACCGCUACUGCAGGCACUGUCGUCAUGUUUCUCAUGAGGUGGAGUCUUGCCCACAACUCCCUGAAGCUGAAAGAACAGAGAAAAGCUCAAGACUGGAGGAAGAUAGGGACCAUCCAAAUUUUAACAGAAUUGAUGCUCAAAGAAAAGGAGAAACCUCUAAGCGCCCAUUACCUCAACCUUUCAAGGACAGACGCAGUGGGGAGGACACUCACAAGGACACCCGAGAUAGCGUUUGGAAACGCAUUGACUCUCGGUAUGAUCCACGAGUUGACCAUCGCCCAUCCUCCAAAUAUGAUCACCGACAUGAUAGCAAACCUGUUGAUCGUAAAAGGGAUCCGCCUACCCGUGACUCCUAUAAUAAACGAAGAUAUGAUGAGUCUUUUCUCUCAAGCAAACAAAGGGAGGCAUCACGCAGGGAGAGAGACAAAGGAAAAGAUAGAGAAAUCUCACCUAGCAAGACCGACACUCGGGAAUUGGCAAAGGAGAUUGCUCGUGAACCUCUUCCUGUUGCAGCUCUCCCCCAGCAAUCAGAGCCCAUCCCCACUGCUGUACCAGCAAGACAAGCUACAGUUUCUCCAGAACUCACCAGGGACAGACCCUUCAGGCUUAACCUCCAAAAGAAAGCUUUCACAGACCUGAAACAAAAAGAAAAAAUUUUAGAUGAAGAUGAGGUUUCAGAUGAGGGAAGUUCUGCUAGGAAAAGCUUAAUUUUUGAAGCUCCUCCACACCCACCUUCGGUCAAUCUACCUAUCACCCUGGCCAAAGAUACAUCAAUCAAGGAAACACCUAAAAGUUGGUAUGAUAUGACACUAGAAGAGGAGGGUUCUAUGACUGAAGAAGCGAUGAACACAAAAGGCCCCUCACAGAGUCCAAACAACAGUACUUUACCACUCACUGAGAGAAUCCUGGAAGAAGAAGACUGGUUAGAUGAUGGGAAUGACUUUGGGGAUGUAGAUGGCAAUGAUUUUGGAGAAGAAGAUAUUGAUUUGAUGGAGGAGGAUGAUCUACUUGGCGAGGAGCUAAGGAUUGAAAACGAGAAGCACCUCCAAAUCGAUGACUCUGGAAUCGAAAGGGCAGACGGAGGAGCGACUCUUGAAAUCACAGACGGCUCUGGCUUGGGCAAGGUCGUUGAAUCCACUGUCGACGCAAAGAACAAGACUCCUACGAAAGGGGCCAGUUCUUCAUCGGAUCGUGUCUCAGGUUCUUCUGCAUCGAUGAAGAAAAAAAGAGGGUCGCGUAGUCCUUCGGCCUUUGGAGUUUCGCUAAGACAACGUAAUCUCAAAGCUGGGCUUGGCUCUCCAAAGUCCCUCACAGCAGGCCCAGGGCCAAAUGGAUCAAAAGUAAGACAACCAGGCCCAUCUCCAUCAGCUAAUCAGAAAAAAAAGCCCGCGAGGCAGUCUUACCAAAGAACACCAUUUCUAAAGUGGCAAGCGGAAGGCCACCGAAAGUCCCGUGAUGAAUACUAUUGCUUGGAAUUGUCAAGGAGCUGGAGCUCCAUUGACAAAGGAACAUCUUCAAGAACUUCAUCAAUGUUUUCUACCUAGGUUUUUAUUUUUAUCGGAGACAAAAAACAAUCGAUCCU